UAAAAAAUAUAAAUUUAUAAAAUAACAAGCCCCCUCGGCUGCUGUUGUUUCGCCGCCCCUGCUGCUCCUCCUCCAUCGCCGCUGCUCCUGUCUCGCCGCUGCUGCGACUCCUACAUCGACUCCUCGCAGGGGGUAAUUUGUCAUUUGAAGAAACAGUGCUUCUAUAACCACUGGAAGGACUAGCAGAAGGGUUUUGGAGUGUGGAAACAUAGUGCAGAAGCAGCAGAAGGUUUCUGGAGACUUUUUUGGCUAUGGAAUCAAUUGUGAAAAAAUAUCAGCAGAAAUUCAGAAAGGUCAGUGAAGAAAUGAACAGAUGGGACCAUGUUCAAUCUCGCUUGCUUUCGCAAUUCAGAAACGCUUGUUCCAUUAUUGAGAGGUUAACGGUGAUUCAUGAUUCUAAAAAUUAUGGGACUUUGAAUAGUGUGCAUGGAAUAGUAAAUGCAGUGUUGAGAAAGCAAAUGGAGUCCUUAGAAACCAUUUUGCUUUCCAUGAAUAAGACAUUGGAAGAGUUUCGUGGAAUUGUUUUGUUUCUUGAGAAGAUGCAUCGAGAUGGUAGGCAAUUAGUUAAAGGGGGUUCUAGUCAGCUGUCAGCAAAACAGUUGCAGCAACGAAUUGGUACUAAGCCAUGUCUCACUGAUUGCUUGGAUGGGCUUAUGAUUCUUCAUGAAAUGCACCGCUCAGAGUACCUCCUUAAAUCAUCUGUUGUAUCAGCACUUCCACUUCUUAUCUUGAAACCCAGUUCUGGUGAUCUUGCUGCACUCCAGCAACUCAUGGUUGAUCAACCUAAUAUCCCUAAAGAGGAAGUGCAACUUAUCUUUGACAUCAUCUUUGCCGAUGAGAUCUGUUAAAUUCUUUUGUGGAUGUUGACAAGCUUUAAUAGCAGUGUGGAAGCAGAGAUCUCAUUGGUACAGUAGAGUUUAUGUUAACAGCAUGAUGUCUUUGUGGAAGAAUUAUGUUGAGCACCUUGAAGAAUCAUUUUUUUCCCUGAUCAAUAGAGAGUAAACUACUUUGGAAAAUGUCAGUGUUGCCAGCUCUUUUUACCCACUUAACAGAGUGACAGAAAUCAUAUAGAACAGAAUAUUUACGUGUCACAAGGGCGAAUAAUUUUCCCUAGUUCCAUUUGAGCAGAAUCGAAUUUCAACCAUGGAAUGUUUGUUGAUGCAGAAGGAUUGAUAGGCCUAGAGAAUUCUAAAGGAAUUUGUAACAAAAAGAAAAAAAAAAGUGCUGAGCGCAUGUGAUGACAGCUGGAAAGAUGGAAAAGAAUGCUAUAAAUUGAGGGAGAGAUGAGGGGGGCAUGACUUUAAAUUGUAUUUUCUUCUAGCUAUUUUUCUAGCUUGGGAUUUGUUAGUUUACUGCUGGGCUGGAGUGUGAGCCAGAGAUUUGUAUCUUGAAUCCAUUUGUGUUCUUUGAGUUUAUGAAUCAGAAUUUUUUUUUCUUCUUA